UUUGCCUUUUCUGCUUCUUUGUCCUCCGCUUUCGCGCUCUUCUUUUCCACUUUCAUCUGGUCGGGAUCCAUUUUUUUAUUUUCGGAGACGCGCUGGCGAAGGCGAGACGCGCGCAAGGGGAGGCGACACAAGAUAUUGCCUCUCGGCCCGGCACUGCUGAACGCGGCCGGCAGAGAAUUGGACGCGACUCACCGAGCAGAAAAUGCCCCAGACAAGUCAGGUUUCUGCGGUCUGUUUUUGACACACGAGGAGUUUCUACACCUCCACAGUUUUCUCGAGAAACAGCGCCUUUUUUGCAGCGUCUGUCGCGCUUCAUUUCGCCUCGUCCGUCUCUCCCUGUCUCCAGUCCGCCGUUCACCCGUCCAGUCUUUGUCCUCUCCGUUCCUCGUGGAUGCUUGCCGUCCUUGUACCUCUCUCCCGUACCUUCCUUUCAAGGACAUAUGUGGAGACUCAUCAAUUCUCGCGACGUCUUUCCGAUCUGCCUGCUUCUCUUCAGCGCUUCCUAUACUCUCUAGAACGCUCUGGCGGCUGUAAACCUGUUCGCGCCGCGAGGACGCGCAGCGUCUGCUGGCGAAUGCUGCCAGAUCUUCUUCACUGCGUCUCCACGCAACUCAAGAUGCGAUUCGUCCAGGUUUCUCGUCUCUCUCCCUCGCCCUGCGGCCUCCUCUCUCUCUCUCUCCUGUACCUUGUCUUCUCUCUUCGCUGCGCCGCCGCUUCUUCUCCUCGCUUCGCCGGCGACUCCUUCGGAAUCGCCUGGGUCUCGGACGUGCAUCUCGAUCCUCUGUACUCCCCCGUUGCUCACAUCGAAGACUGGUGUCGACCGUCCUCUUCUCGAUCGUCUUCUGCGCUUCUCUCCCCUUCUUCCUUGGACUCCGGAGCCGCGUCGAGACAGAAGGCGGACGCGGAGCAGUCGUCGAACUCGACGUCCGGCGGUGAAAGUCGUUCGAGAGACCAAGAUGACGCCAAGGGAGCGGAGGCGAAUUCGCGCGAUUCCCGAGCGCAGAGCGCCGAGACGCUGAGUCCUCUCCGAGGGUGGCGAGGCGCAGAAACGAACCCAAAUAUAGGCCGAGCUGGGUGCGACUCCUCGCCGCUCCUCUUCCGCUUGCUGCUUGACAGCGUAGAGCGAGAAAUACGAAGACGCAAGUCGAAAGACGAGAAGGCAACGAAGCCUCAGACGUCCAAGGAGUUGGCGGAGAUGCCCGAGCCGAAGACUGAGGCAGAAAAGACCGGUGGCGCCCAGCAGAGAGAAUUGUCCGACGCCGAGGAGGACGAACGGCGAAGCACAGACUGGGGACAAGAGCGAGAAGAAGAACGCCUUCGGAAUACUCCCAUAGAGGCUGUGCUUUUCAGUGGCGACUUCGCUGCACACUACGACGACUCCGAAUCCCAAAAACGGGUGUCGGCUUCGGCAGAUUCGGGAGAACAUCGGGCAGAAGCAGAGGCGCGGAGCGGGGAGAGGGGAAAACAUCAGGCGAGCGACGGAGACAGGGAUGAAGGAAACAGGGAUGAAGGAGACAGGGACGAAGGAUACAGAGAAGAGGGACUCGCAGCAGGCGCAGCGGACUCUGCCGGCGACCGGAGAGCGAGAGAGACAGGCACUGCAGCUUCGGCGACGCCUGUGCAAGUUAUUUUUGUGGUCGGAAAUAACGACCUGCCUCGCGACUAUCACAUUCCAGAGACGCUGAACAAGUGGAGCGUCGCUCUCUAUAAACUCUGGCGACCGAUCUUGCCCGGCGACCCGCAGACUAAAGAGACCUUUGAGCGGGGACUUUUUUACCGAACGCGCCUGGCGACGCGGCCGUCGGUUCGCGUUUUGUGUCUCAACACAGUGUUCUACGCGCGUAUGGCGCGGGAGCGAGAGAAAGGAGAAGAAGAUCUUGUUGCGGAGUCCGACCCUGCUGGGCAGUUUGCGUGGAUGGCGAGAGAGCUGCAGGACGCUCGCGAGCUUCAGGAACAGGUUCUGCUGGUCGGACAUGUUCCUCCCGGCGUCUCCGUCCACUUUCGCGGUCAACUGGAACAUGUACAGCAGUGGAGAGACGCGUACCUCGACAGGUACAGGUCGCUCGUUCUCAACUACUCGGAUGUUAUCGUCGCCCACCUCUACGGCCAUGUACAUGCUGAUACGCUUCGCGUUAUCUCUCCUGAUUUUCACCCUGCCUCUGCUUCGCUCUCUUCUCUCGCUUCUCUCUCUUCUUCCCCUGCGUCCAGCGACUUGGCGAGUCUCUGCCGAGUGUCGCGGGGCGUCGCCGAGCGCGUACAGCCGCUGCUGACUGCGCCGGCGGUUUCGCCAGUCCACGGAAACAAUCCUGCGUGGAAAAUCUUGUUUUUUUCGGACUCGCCUCUCGAAGCAGCAAAGUCUCCCGCGCUUCCGCGUUCCCCCGUGUGUCUCCUGGACUACACUCAGCUGUAUCUCCCGCUCUACGGCUUCAUUCCGCGUCCAGUCACAGGUGCGUCUGCAGCAGGCCUCGCUGAGACGAGCUUGGCGACGCCCGCGGCUUCUGCGGCUUCUGCGUCUUCUGCGGCUUCUGCGUCUUCUGCGGACGGUCCUGCGAAUCGCGCAGCGCUUCGUCGCGAGACGUCGGCAGAGUAUCCGUUCCUCGAAGAAUACACCUUCUCGUCGACCUACGGCUUGCCGUGUGUCUCCGGCCCCACGGUGGCGAGGCUGUCGCAGAUUCUUGCUGUGUCACCCUUCGUCUUCGGCCUUUACUCUUGGCAUUCCGAGUCGGGAGGGAGAGAGGUGACGAAUCGCCUCCGCGUCUGUGAAGGCGUCGUCUCCACGCGCAGCGAAUAUCUGCGCUGCCUACGAGAACUCACACAGCUGUAAAGACCCAGCGCUUGUGUUCAGGCCGCAGCCGAGACACAGCGGCAGCGCGACGAAGCGCGUCGGCGGUCUCCUGCGACUAUCCAGUAGAAACCAACGCGACAGACAGGCACAAUUGCGAAUGCGGCUUUCUGAACGAAACGGCGCAGAGAGACACUGAGACAGACACUUGCGAGAAUGGUUCGAUUUUUUUUUAAUUCGGAAGGGUGUGGAACUGUAUGUAUGUGUGUACAUUUAGAGAGAUCAAGAUGCAUGAGGGAACGCAUUUGUACAUGCAAGUAUACAGGUCGACGGGUGAAGUCCACUGUCGAAAGGCGAAUGGACUUGUACAAGUAUCUAUAUAUCUAAAUCUGCCUAUCGAUAUCUGUAUGUAAACAGGAGUUUGUUCAGAAUGUAAAAACGGGGGUACACCUCUGUAGAGAUGCAUGCACAGGACGAAGCGCCGCAGAGGUCUCGCUGGCGGCCCGCAUGCGUUCGCGGCUGAGCGUUGCCUUUUGCGCGCUUUGACUUUGGAACAGUCGCGGCAAUUUACGCAGCUUCUUUUGCAGAGUCAGCGUGCACUCCGAAGCCCAUGCGUCUGCAUGUCCACACGAAAAACGCCGCGCGUUGCUCUGUGGAGAGUCGAGGUCUCGAUGCCUCCAGCUUCAUCGGUCUCCACCCAGAGAGAAGCGGAGACAGAAACUUUUUAAGUUAUUGAAGGGAUGACACACGAAGCACACAGGGACAGGCCGAGGAAAAAACAGCGAAUGAGAGGAAGACAACAGGAGCGGGGAAGUUUUUUGGCUGGACGCGACGAGAGGCGAUGGAGAGGCAAAGGGCAUCGCUGAACCAUCAAAAAGGAUGGCCGGUCGAAAAAACAAUUGAUUUCCCUGUCUCGUCUCUGUGGCGUCGUGCACAGCCAGAGAGACUCGAGGAGAGGCUUUUUCUUCUCUUCUUCUGUAAAGCAGUCUGUUCAACUUCGCGUUCUGUUUAACAUGAGGUAGUAUCCUCUCAAUGAAGAACAAAAUCCCCUGAAUUUCAGAGACAGUGUGAUGCCUCGAAGCCGCUGCCUGCAGAGAGGGUGUGCAAGCCUGACAGGUUGGGAGUGAACAAAGCAUCCUUUUUAAGUUCCUGGUUCGCUUGACUUUUCGCCUUUUCAUCUGGCGGUCUUCUUGUACACGGUAGUCUCCGUCUCAAAACUCGGGAGGUCCCCUCUGAGUUGCGGGUACAGCACUGUGUCUUCCGAUUCACCAUCGACAGUGC